AGAGUGGAUCCAGGACCAGGAAGAAAACGCAUAUUGUUUUAAAGGAAAAUAUUAAGACAGCUCUGGUGUGUGUGUCGUCUGCACAUCGACAUCUCCGCAGGGGACGAUGGCCUCCAGGUGUAUCACCCAGGAGACCUUCAACGCAGCUGUGCUCGAGAACAUCGAGGAGUUUGCGAUGGGGCCUGAAGAGGCAGUGAAAGAAGCCGUGGAGCAGUUUGAAUCACAAGGGGUUGAUCUGAGGAACAUUGUAAAGAUGGCGCCUAAAGUCUCUGAGGAUGGACUCCAGGAGCCCACGCACGACAUCCUGCAGGCCUUGGAUGACCUUCAAGAGUCCGUGGCCUGCCCUCGCCCCCAGGAGGUAUUGGCACAUCUCAUCCGCUUCUGCGACCAAUGCAAGCACGACAAGGCCUGCCGCUUCCUGGCGGCCCAGAAGGGCGCCUACCCCAUCAUCCUCUCUGCUUGGAAGCUUGCUGCAGUGGGUGACCAGGGCCUCCUGCUCCAGGCCCUCAAUGCCCUGUCAGCACUAACUGAUGGCCAGCCAGACCUCCUGGACACCCAGGGCCUGCAGUUGCUGGUAGCCACACUGGCCCAGAAUGCCAAUGCAGCUGAUCUGACCUGCUCUGGGAUCCGCUGCGUGCGUCACGCCUGCCUGAAACAUGAACAGAAUCGGCAAGGCCUGGUGAAGGCCGGUGUGCUGCCCCUGCUGACUGGCGCCAUCACCCAGCAUGGCCGCCACGCCGAUGUAGUCAAGGAGGCCUGCUGGGCCUUGCGCAUCAUGACCUUUGAUGAUGACAUCCGUGUGCCCUUCGGCCAUGCCCACGACCAUGCCAAGAUGAUUGUGCAGGAGAACAGAGGCUUGAAGGUGCUCAUUGAGGCCGCUAAAGCCUUCCCUGACAACCCCGGCGUCCUCAGUGAGCUCUGCAGCACCCUGUCCCGCCUAGCUGUCCGCAACGAGUUCUGCCAGGAGAUUGUCGACCUCGGGGGCCUGAGCGUCCUGGUGACCCUGCUGGCCAACUGCAAUGACCACCAGGACCUCGUGAAGCAAGUGCUGAGCGCCCUGCGUGCCAUCGCAGGCAACGAUGACGUGAAGGAUGCUAUCGUCCGUGCUGGCGGGACAGAGUCCAUCGUGGCCACUAUGACCCAGCACCUGGCCAGCCCCCAGGUGUGUGAGCAGAGCUGUGCAGCCCUGUGCGUCCUGGCCCUGCGCAAGCCAGAGAACAGCCGGGUGAUCAUGGAGGGCGGCGGGGCCCUGGCAGCCCUGCGGGCCAUGAAGGCGCACCCACAGGAGGCCGGUGUGCAGAAACAGGCCUGCAUGCUGAUCCGCAACCUGGUGGCUCGCAGCCAGGCCUUCUCGCAGCCCAUUCUGGAGCUGGGGGCUGAGGCUCUCAUCACCCAGGCUCGAGCAGCCCACCGUGACUGUGAGGACGUAGCCAAGGCCGCCCUGCGGGACCUGGGCUGCCGUGUCGAGCUCCGAGAGCUGUGGACAGGCCAGAAGGGUGACCUGGCACCGUGACCCCAGGCCCAGCUGGGCCAUGACUCUGGGUGAGUCGUAUGACUCAGUGGGGAGGUCCAUAUUCUGCUGCUCUCCCCCGCCAGGUCUGUCCCCACCACAGCAAGAGAUGUUUUCUGACAGGCCCUAGGUAAACGCCGGGGGGAGGGGAGAUUCAGGAGCGGGUAUCUAUAAGGCAGAAAGCAACCCCUGGGCCCUGGCCUCCCCUGGGUCCAGGCCUCCCCUUGCCAGCCGGCAGCAUUGACAUGAUUGUACUGCCCUUCCUCCCUGACCUGAGUCCCUUUCCUGCCACAAGGGGUGAAGGGCAUACCCCAUUGCCCACUGUCCUAUCUGAAAUUUGGGAGCCACUGUGGGCCAGUCUUGGAGCAGGGCAGGACAUCUUGGCAGAGUUGGGAUCCCUGGUGCCUGCUCCUACAAGUUCAGGCCUCUGCUCCUCAUUUUUCUCACCUGUAAAAUGGGUCUCAGAUGCCUUGCUUAGCCGGCCAAGGGCCAGGGACCUCGGCUCGUCCAUC